GUGCCGAGUCACAGCCAAGUGUGCCUGCCUGCGCUUGUGCCAACGAGUUGACGCGUUUUGUAUUAGCACUCUGUUAGCCGGUCCAACGUCUAGCGGCAUAUAGCUGAUGUAGCCACUAGCCAGUGCGGAUUGUGCAGCCAUUGAUCGGCAGUUGAACGUCACUCGUCCAGUUAGACUGAUCGUUAGACGUGAACAAGGUUCGAGCGAGCCAACGUGUUCUCAUUCAACGAGUACUUAUCACCUGCAAGAGUAACUUGUACGUCGCGAAAAAUCAUCGGCUAAAUGGCGGGUCAUAAUUAUCUGAGCGACCCAAAGAAUCCAUUUUUCUCGUUAGAAGACGACGUGGACGAUGAGACGUUUCUGAGGAACGCGCCAGCCAGGACUGCGCCUGCUGGGCGUUAUCAAAACCUCGAUAAUGAUAUAACGCAAAAACGCCAACAGUUGCUGCAACGUAAGAAGGAAAUUGAGGAGCGCACGGUACAAUCUUCAGAAAGAUCCGUCUCGCUUCUGAGAGACUCCGAGCAAAUUGGUGUAGCUACAGCCGAGGAAUUAAUUAGACAAAAGGAACAGCUGCAAAGGACAGAAAAAAGAUUAGAUGAUAUUAAUAGUACCUUAAGAUUUAGUCAAAAACAUAUACAAGGCAUAAAGAGCGUAUUUGGUAGUCUGAAGAAUUAUCUCAGUGGCAAAUCGUUAGAUGCUCCGAUACCAUCGACAAAGUUGUCCGAGUCUUCUAGCUCUGGUUCUAUGGCAUCCCCAUUGUCCAAUACUUUAGAGCAAGUACAAACCGACAUGAGCAAUUCGUAUUCGUCGACUGUGAUAAAAGGAAGUUACGAUGAUUAUAGUCUGGAGGAUGUUAAGCCUACUAGCGACAGAGUAACCAAAGUUCUCGAACAGAAUCUAAAUGAGAUGAGUGGAUCAUUGGCAAGACUGAAACACCUAGCAAUCGGUUUAUCCGAAGAAAUAGAUUCGCAAAACGAUCUUAUCGAUAAUAUUACUGAUAAAACUGAGAAAGCAGAUAUAACGUUGCAGCAGCAAAACAAAGAGAUGUUACAUAUAUUGAAGAAAUAAGUUCGAUGACCGAUCAUAUCAGAAUUUUUUUGCUUGUAAUAAUACGAUAUUAACUGUACUUCUAUGAAGUAUAGAUAUAUGUUACUCAACAGAAGAAAUCUUUGACAUUAAUUUGUAUUGUUGAAUCUGAUGUAUGUUGGCCAUGCAAUUAUAUUGUGCGGUGUGUUUUAUAGUCUUUCACGAGGCAAGAUUUGCGCGAUUUUUCCAUAAUAAUGAUACAAAACACUAGAACGCUGUUAGAAAUUAUGAUCUUGAAUGAGGAAAAACUUUUUCUUACGCAAUUGUCGAUAGUAUCACAAAAUUAAACGUGAUAUCCUUAUGUGCGAAUGUUAAAGGAAGAGAUUUUCAUUUUUUUUUUUUUUUCAAUAUCUUUUGUAUCUUUUUUUAUGGAAACUGUGAUAAGCAUACACGCAUAUAUAUAUUUAGCCAUGUGUAAUAAUUGUCCUAAGUUGGUAUUUUCAUUUAUUAACAGUUGAAAUAUCAUGAUUAGAACUAUAUACGUCGACAUAUUUAUGAAAUAAGGAGAAAAUUAUAAGUUAAAUUUUUUCUUAAUUUUGGAUGCGAAUCUCUGUUCAAGUUCGUUUCUCACACUUAUCCAAAUCUUAUUAUAGUUUAUGCAAUUUAGAUAUAUGUGUGUAAUGAUUUAUAAGGAGAGCAAUAAUAUAUGCAAUAUAUAUUAUGGACAAUAAUUGUGUAUAAUUAUAAUUUAUCAUUUUUAAUAUUUUUUUCCUUUAGUUUAAUAUGUAGAUAUAGAAUGUAAGAUUAUAUUGAUAAUUACGAUAAUAUAAAUACAUUACAUUUGUAUACAAGAAAUACAUACGCAUGAAUGAAAUUGCACACGACAUAUACUAUAUGACUGCCAGGAUUAUUUAAUAAAAGUCCAUACAAUUUUA